AAAAAAAAUAUUAAUCACACCUAUAAAAUUCCCUUAAAUUUUGCGAGAUAUAGGGUUGGGCUUUUAAUUGAUUGAGCAGGAAAACAAAACCCUAGACUAUGUUAUGCCUUUAAAUACCAAGAGUCCUAGCCAAAGUAGCUCAAAAUUCCUCCAGAAUCCCUUUCUGCAAUGGGUACAAUAAAUCUCAAAGCCGACGGCAACAAUGAAUCCGAUGAUAUCUACCUGAAGCUCUUAAUCAAGGUAUAUCGCCUUCUAGUAAGAAAGCUUAGGAGAGAAAGCAAGUUCAAUCGUGCUGUACUCGAUCAAUUGAUCAUUAGUAAAGACAACCAACUUUCAACAAUUUCUUUGACACGGUUGAUUGAUGCCUUGAAGGACAAGGAGGGCAAAAUUGGUGUUGUUGCAGGUGUUGUAACUGAUCUUGAUUCUACCGUACAUGAUGUCCCAGCCAUUAAAGUUGCGGCAAUAUCUUUCACAGCAACAGCGCGUGCCCGGAUUGAAAGUGCAGGGGGUGAAUGCCUUAUAUUUGACCAACUCCCCUUUGUUGAUAUCUUUGGACAUAACUCGGUGCUUGUAAUGGAGUCAACAACAUCUUGGUGGCCGGACCUCUCCUCUGAGGAAUAGUAUAUAGGAGAAUGACAGUGUGAUUUUAAUAAUUAUUAGUAUUUGUUUUCCUAAUGACAAUGCGAGUCACUUUAUUAUUACUGGUUUCCUUUGGAAUUU